CUAUCUUCAGUCCCUUUUAGUUUCAUUCCUUAGCGUGUUCGUGGAGGAGUGCUUUACUUUCCCACUACUGUUCAUAAAAAAAAAAACAUUUAGAAUAAUAAAAAGCAAGCCAUCUUAAAAUAUAACAGUAACAACUAUGCCAGCAAAGACCGGGCUCCCCAAUUUAACCCACUUCAUGGAGAAGCGAGUUUUAGUGAAGCUGCAGGGCGGUCGUGCGGUAUCCGGCAUCCUGCGGGGAGUAGAUAAGUUCAUGAGUAUUGUAUUGUAUGAUAGCACCGACGAGACCCGCAACCCAUCAAUCGACACUCAGCCUGAUGAGGAUCGGCUAUCCAUGGGAACUGCCGUGAUUCGUGGAAGCGCGAUAGUUGAAAUAGUUAGCCAGGAAGUCUAAACCUCAUGCCGAAAGAAAAGGAGAAAAAGGACCCGCAUGUUUGAACCGCAUUAAUAAUAAAAAGGAAAGGUAAUCCUAUUUGUAUUCAAAAAAAAGAGACCAUAUAGUGUAACUUUGGAUUUUUGAUACAUGGAUUUUUAUUGUAAACCUCAAGUUUUGUUUGUGGUCAUUGAA